AUGGCCGCGGGCUCGUGCCUCAUUCGGGCGGUCCGCGCGGCGCGGCGCCGAAAGGCCGGUACCGCGCGCCCGGGCGGCGGCAGCAAACAGUGGCGGGGCCGCCGCCCACAGGGGCCCGCAUGGGGUAGCGAAGCGGAGACGCAAAAGAAAAAAAAAGAGAACGCCCCUAAGGAGCACAGAAGUGAGAGAGGCGUUGGCCCACAGGGACGGAAAGCGAACCGAGCGCACAGCACGAGCCACAUCCCUGCCAGAGAGUGUGCGCGCGGCUGCCCCCCACCGCCGCCCCGCAGCGCAGGCAAAGGCAGCCGCGAGGAGAAACAGCCGCAGAGGCGCACGCACAAGCAGAGCGCUGGUGGAAGUGCUGUCCGCAAAAUGGGCCACAGUUUUCCGAGUGGUGUUGCUAUUGCUGUUUGUGGCGGUGGCGCGUGCCAAAGCCCGCGUGCCGCCGGCAUUGGGCCGCACGAGUUCUGCCGAGACCCCGCCGUGCCGAGUCCUCGCCUGGUGUUCCGCAACUCCUUCUUGUUCACUGCCGCUUGCCGUAUUCGCGUGCCUCGCGGCACCGCCAGCGCCGCUUUGCGCCGAGCCGCGGCCCGCCCCGUGUUUGUGCGGUCGGUGCGGUUAACGUGCCUUUGGGUUCCCCGCUUCCCUCGGAGGGGUGUCCCGCAGCAGCCUGGAGCUCGAGGGCGGCGCCGCGCGAAGGCGCUUCGCCUGAAGGGGGGGGGGGGGCGCGGCGGUUGUUGUCCGGGUGCCGGGCGACAGAAGGUGAGGCCCUGCAGGCCCCUUCGGUGCGGGGUCUGCGUCGCUGCCGUUUCGGGUGCCACUCGCGCCUUUUCCUUCUGGGGCGCGCGGGCCUUCUUUACAGCAUUGGCUGUAUUCCUUGCCCUGUCUGUCUUCAGCGCCGCUUCCGUCCGUCAACCGCUGCCCAGCCAUCGUGCCAUUUCGCCCUUCCUCUUGUCGUUGGUCUUCCGGGUCCUUUGCCUUCGUCGCCUGUGA